CCCCUCCCACCUUUCCCUUCCUUCCUCCCCGUCCCUGCCUCCCCUACCCAACCCUAGUGUAGGUGGCGGCUGUUCUUGGACAUGAAAGAAGCAGAUGAUGAAGAUAAGAACAGGGACAAAGGGAAACAAACUCACCAGGCAAUCUUGGAGCAGUAUGGAAAAUUCCUGAUGGGCACGCAGGUGCCGGGUGAAACUAUGGCACAAGGAACUCCAAUCAGUCAUGGACCAGUCCCAGUUGAUCCAGUAACAUCGGUUCAUCAGCCAUACGUUGGUGCCCAAUAUGUGCAACAGCAACAAGCUGGGACGCGACUGGCAUUUCAAACAUCUUCAAGUCCUUUUGCAACGCAUGAAAUGAAUUUCCUUGGAAGUGGUUACAUGAGCUACACACAAUUGUUGAUGGCUGCUGAUCAAGAGGCUGGUAUUGGUGGAUCUCAACAUUCUGGUCAACAACAAGAUUCUGGUGGCAGGGGGUUUUGUGAGGUAUGA